AUGAAUUUAACUCCAAAAUCACAAGCAAUUUUUUAAUCUUUUUUUUUAUGCCGAACAAAAGAACAUUUUUCUAAUUCUUUAUAAGAUAAAUCGUCAUUGUCAAAUAGAUAAGCUUGUAAUAAAUUUAAAUAGAUAUUUGAUAAACCAAGUAGGACUAAAAUAUAAUAAAUUGGAAAUUUUGAUAAUAUAUAAGCUGGUUGUGAUGGGUUAAGAAAAAUAACUUUAGAUGAGUCUCAAUUAACUGUUGUAGGGAUUAGAAAAACAUCAAGGAUUUCAUAAGUUUUUGAAUAGAUUUUAUUAGUUCCCUAGUUAUCAUAACAUUAAUAAAGAAAAGCUCAUUGGAUAUAGACACCAGAAAAACAUUUAUCAUUAGUUACACAAAUGAAUAGUCCUGAUCAAGAAAAAGAGAGUAAAUUAAUAAGAAGAAUCAAAGAGUAAUAAUCGAUCAAAGACAAUAAAUGUCCAAAGAUUAAAAUGAAUGUUUUGAAUAAAAAACUCUUAAAUUAAAAUGGAGCCGAUGAAUAUUUUAAAGAUAUGUUAUUUCAUUAACGAAAGAUAAUACCUGCAUAAAGUGAUAAAAUAAGAAUUAUAAUAAGAAGAGAGGAAAAAACAAUAGAAUCUUAGGAAUCUAAAAAGAAAGAAAAUUUAAGAAAUUAUCAUUGA